AUGCCCAAGCCGUCGGCUUUGUUAUUUGGAGGUUUGGUAGUGACGUGCGUAACGUUAUUGCUGGCCAGCAAGCCGACGGGUUCGCCUAUGAUGGACGUGGACAUGUUGGUUCCCAAAACCUUUAAGCCAUUUGCGAACAACGGAACGCGGGUGGGAGUGUCUACGGAGUGGACUUUGACGACCGUGACGAUUACGAACCACGUGGCGGAGACGUUCCAGAAGGCGAUUCCGUUGGCGCAAUUGAGCGAAUGGGAGACGCUGCUGAAUAUAAACGGCAAUGUACAGGUGAUGCAGGCGGUUAGCGCCAUUGAGCGCAUGAGUAUGACGCUUUCCAACACGCUCCGGCUGUCCGUCGCCGCCUUCGCGGCUGCAGGUGCGCUGGCGGUGGUGUCCCUGAUUUUACCGCACACGCGUGCGCAACACCAAUUCAGGCGCCCUUUCCCUUGGCUGGGCGAGCAGACGGCUUCCAGCAACCGCGCCAAACUCUUUCGGGUGGGCGUACUAUGCGAACGACUGAGCGCUCUCGUUGCGCUCAUCUUCUGCGCCCUGAUCGUUCUCAUCGGCGGCUUCUACUGCAACGAAAUCUUCGCCAGCGUCAGAGUACUCAUCCCUGGUCUCAUUAAGAGACUCUCCAUCGUCUGCUGGACACAUAACACUGAUGAGUGCGCCAUACUCUUCACGCCAAGGUGGGGCCUCUACUCCGUCGCAGCCGCGAUAGCCGCGCUCCUCCUACUCUGUCUCGGUGUUCUCCUCUGGCCGGGCUACAACACCAACCCCCCCAAACACACCGCCAUCCCCCUCUAUGUACCUUACGACGCCUACCACCUUCUCACUGACUACCACGACCGCCACGCGGUCGGGAGUCCUGCACAGGAGGGCCGCCUCGACAUGCAUGACAACGGCGACCUUCAUCAGGACGGCGGUCUUCACGACAGUGACAGCUGA